AUGAAAUGUGCAUGCACUUUGUGCCCGAAUCACAAUCAGUGCUUAUCGUGUCGACGCAAGAAGGAGGAGGAACGGAGGUGAGCGAAAAAUUGGAAACGUUUGGUGUGCUGUGAACUUUAUUUUUUACAGAUCGCGACGAGCAGAGGCCAGUGAUCGGCUCAACGAGCUGCGAAAAGAGCGGCAGCGGAAAAAGUAUCAGGAAAAGGGCGGCAAGAAGAAGGAUGCCGUGGCCGUGAAAAAAGAGCCGAUCGACUGGACGGCCCGCAAAGCGGACAAGACGAAGCCGAUGACGAAGCAGGAGAAACAGAGGAUGUACAGGGACAACUGGACGAGGAGGAAGAAGAUGAAGAAGAAGGAGGAGGAGGAAGAGAGAGAAAAAGUCGAAUUUUAAUUGAAAUGUGUUCUUCAAAUGAAUUUUGUCUUUUUCCGGUCUCUCUUACCUUUUCUUUCCGAAAAUCCUAUGAACUUUUUUGUGCUUUUUGUCUUUCCAAUGGAUUUUUAACAAACAUUUCUUACGAGAAUCGAAAAGAGUUGCCGCGGAGAAAAAUGGAGAAAAAGUGGAGAGAAAACGGAAAAAUGCACGGGAAUCCAGGUUGCGACAGCUGGCGAAAAACGUGAAACGCUGAAUUUGACGACAGAGAGCGAAAAUUCGCAUAACAGCGAUCGGAUUCUGUUGAAAAAUUGAGAUUUUCUCCAAUUUGUCGUAAGAUCUGGUGUAUUGGGUGUUUGCGGAUCAUGUGCUGGAUUUGACGACAGAUGCGAAAAGUGACCUCAUAGUUUAUCAAGAGACGAUCUUCGAAAGUUCCCUUCAAUAACGUGUGUGUCGCAUGCAAAGAACAUGAAUUUUCCUCUAGCCUAUCGGUCUUUUCUUCGUUUUCUCUCCCCCCUCUUCGACAGUUUCAUCUACUGUCUAUCACCAUUUUUUGCGGGUGUUUGCGAACCUUGCGCCGGAUCUGACGGCUAUGAAAACUACCGAAUUGUCUUCAAAAACAUCGGACAUUUGACUAGAUUCGCAUUACGGUAGCUCACCACAGCUAAUCCGAAUAUUAUCCGAUUCGAACGAGAGCCGUGUUCGUCAGGAGAUUGACAACGUCUUCAAAAACGUGUAUUCCAUCGAAUUUUCGAGUCCCGAAAUCUUUAAAAACGCCUGAAAACGAUCCUGAUAAGGUCUAGUACAUUUUUCCAAAGGAAAGUGUAGGUUCGUGAAGUAUACGUCGUUACACCUGCCUUUUCAGAUUGUAAUCUUAAUCCAAUCCCGCCGGCGUUUGAAAAAAUGUAAUUACGGGCGGCUGCGACUCGCUUCUCUGCCGUCUCGCCUAUUAUGAACACCCCUUUUUGAGGGAAAUCUUUAGAAGUAGUACGCUCGCUUUUUCUUCUCUUUCUCACUUGUUUUGCUGAUUUUGUUCAUUGCUCAGUUCACUCAUUCACCACGUCAUACGCGCAACAAUUCGAAUAUAAUCAUUAGACAUCACCUUUUUUGUUGUUGUAUAUCAUAGAUCUCCACUGUUUCGAAAGCGGAAAUGGCAGUGGCAGCGGAUGGACCCAUUUGCCAAGUGUGCGGAGUUUUGGCUCGAGGAAAACACUUUGGAGCCCUGAGUUGUAGGGCGUGUGCCGCGUUUUUCAGGUGAGCACGAUACUGUAGUCUUCUGGAGUUGAUAAUCGGAUUGGGAAGUACCUUUGAUAGCCGUCUCGUUGCGUUGAUUUGUCAAAGUUCCUCAACUGUCUGGACAACGUCUAUUCUAGGGCCUAAAAGCCCUGGUAUUUGAGAAAAUGUCUUAUUUUUUGGCACUAGGCCAUGUCGGGCCGGGUCAUUCAAGAAUUCAAAUUCAAAAGAUUAUGAAAAGGCUUCUCGAAACGCGCCGUAAAUCUCAUCGUUUUCUAAUCGCCCUUUUUGUGCUUCAGAAGAGCGGAUUCGUCGCGGACGAGUGUGAAGCCGUGCAAAAAGGCGAACAAGUGUGAAAUGAUGAACAAUAACGGAUGGUUCGACUGCAAAUCGUGCCGAUUACAAAAGUGCUACAAUGUCGGAAUGACCUCUACAAGUAUGCGCGCUUCUGAAUUUUUUUCAGUCACACUUUGAAAUGCCCAAAAAAUCUGCAGACUUUCAAUUCGAUCGUGACCCGAUUAGCACAAAACUGUGCGAAAAAGCGAUUCCGCAGGUGCCCAACAAAUUCGCGCAAAUCCCUAAGAGAGAAUGUGCAAUUUUGCAGAGUUUCGAGCGAUUUCUAGGCCGUCCACACUGUGUAAUAUUCGUGGAGCCCGAGGCGAUUGUGCCCCAAAAAGAGCUCAUCGAUUGCCGCGAAUUGAUAGGAAAAGCGUCGAGAAUUUGGUCGGACGUAGGGCAAAUUCGAGCGUAGACGUGAAAAAGUUGAAAAAAAAAGUUUUUUUCAGGGCGCCGCGUCUCCGUUACACUCGAAAACGAAUCUGGAAAAGUUGGCGAUGGCGUUGCGGAGAAUCGACGAGGCGCACGUGGACGGCGUGAAGAUGGUGUUGAAGUACGGCAAGGAGGAGGUGCUCUCCUUUUUCGAGCAGGAUUUUCUGAAGGCGACACGCUGGUUCACGUAUUUCGACGAGUUUCGCGAGCUCACCAAACAGCAGAAGGUGGAUCUUUAAUGGUCAAUUGUACAAUUGGCUCCAACUUUUCCUCUUCCUCUUCCAGCUGACAAUGAUGCAGGCGAUGUGGCACGUGUUCGCCCGUCUCUACAAACUGUCGACUGCGGCCGCCGGAAAACGACGACAGAUUUGUGAGGAUCGAGUCUUGAUGAUCAGCCACGAGCGCCAGUACACCGCAAUCGAUUUGACCAAAAUCGAGUUGAUUAUUCGUGGUGCACAAAGUACAGCAACGAGCAAAUGCAACAGUUCGUUUGUGUUUACGGUUAACGUUUUGACGCGAAUCCGAACGAAUUUCAGCUUCAUCGACAACACCGACAACAACUUCCUCUACAAACUGUUGGAUGUGAUGGUCGAGCUGAAGCCGAACGACGUCGAGCUCUCGUUCAUGAUGUGCCAGGCGUGUUUCCACUACGCCGGCCAGAGAUUUCAGGGCGAAAUCCUCGAGGCGACCGAAAAAUUCCAACAAAUUUUGGCCAACGAGCUGCACGAAUACUAUGUGCACGAGUUGCGGAUGAACAAUUACUCGGGACGGCUUUGUCAACUGUUGAAAAUUAAUAACAAAAUUCGGGUGUGUAUACAAUAACCCCCGGAAAACAAAAUAAUUUUGCAGGAAGACAUUUGGAAGUGCCGCGGGAAACAGGAGAUUGCCGAGGUGUUCGACGUGUAUUGCAUCGAAUAUUCACAUCCCGAAAUUUUUAAGGAUAUUUGA